GUAGUCUCCAUGCGUAUUAGCAACACUGGCGAGUCCCUAUCGAGGCCCUUUCCUCGACUACAGCGUAUCAGGCAACGCUGGGGAAGAGCAUCAUAUUCCGACUUCAAGCGUCGAACACUCCAAUGUCCUGCAUUCUCAUACCGGAUUGCCUCCGGGAUACCAUCACUCCUUCCUGCAGCCACACCCGUCUCAGACCCUUCAACAUGCCGGCACCAGCUCCCACCCUACUUACACGGACAUCGAGACACACUCUCUACACCCAACCCAUCUUUUGCGCCAUCAAUCCAUGUCGCAACACUCUCCCUCAUCCUACAAUGUGGGCUAUCCACCGCCCCAGCAAACCGCCGGACGCAAGCGCAGCCACCCAGACGACUUGCCGCACGAUCUUACCCCAACAUUAGAGCAACAGCUCAACCCGUACGCACAAGCAACGGGAAGCGUCUCACUACAGCACGCGACUCAGAGUUAUUCUAUUCAACAUUAUCCGCCGCCACCGCCCGCUCCUCACUCCACUCUUCCUCCAACUCACCAUCAUCAUCUACCAAGCACUCAUCGCAAUAAACGACACCACGCAAUGGAGGGCGCGCCUCCCUCACCAUCUCUCCACCAUGGCCCUCCUAGCGUUGUAGGCCAAGAAGGAAUGCCGGCACCUGCACAACGACCCCGCGGCCCCAAACUCAAGUUCACCCCCGAAGACGACCAGUUACUCGUCGAUCUCAAGGAAAAGAAGAACCUCACUUGGAAGCAAAUCGCAGACUUCUUUCCUGGCCGUAGCUCAGGUACUCUGCAGGUCCGCUACUGCACCAAGCUCAAAGCAAAGACCACGGUUUGGACGUCGGAGAUGGUCGACAAGCUUCGCAAUGCUAUGCAAGAGUACGAGAAUGACCGAUGGCGAAUCGUCUCGUCAAAGGUCGGUAGUGGUUUCUCGCCCAACGCGUGUAGAGACAAGGCCGAAGAGCUCCAGGCUAUGGAGCUUGCUCAACAAGAGGCACAAGAGGACGAACAUUCACAACUUCAACAACAGCAACAGCAACAGCAACAACAGCAACAACAACAACAGCAACCACAACCACCACGCACAUACACCCCGUCGCAAUUGGGAGCCGGCCCGAGUGAGUCAGACGCAAGAUACCAUUGACUGGCCGGCCAU